AUGGCAGAGACACUAGGAGUUGUGGAUAUUUCUAAUACAAGAAAUGGUCAGAAGAUAAACCAUGAUUCAGGUAAGGGCAAAAAGAGGAAAUGGACGAGGAGGAAAACCACAAGGAAAGCGAAACUAGACAAGGAAAAACUGUUGGAAGUUGAAUGUGGUAAGCGUAAUCUAGUUGAUGUCAUGAUUUUAGAUGAAACUAUCGAUAUGAGUGACAUGGGAGAGAAAAAACCAAGAGGGCGGGAAAUACCAAUGAAUGAACUUACUAAAGAACCAGAGGUGGUGUUAGACAGCCAACAUCGCCUAAACCAAUGGAAAUAUUAA